UAUGACAAUAACACUACUCUUUGUUCUGCAUUUGUACCUAUCUUGUAGUCGUUGACUUUGAUAAAAAAAAAAAGAUGUCAUCUUCCUCCGAUCAUCCUUCAUACAUCCACGACGUGUUCUUAAAUUUCCGAGGGGAGGAUACUCGGGACAGAUUGAUUUCUCAUCUCUAUGCAGCACUAUCAAAUGCAGGAAUCAACACUUUUCUUGACGACAUGAACCUUAAAAUGGGAGAUGAAUUGCCAGAAAUAUUGGACGCAAUAGAAUUGUCUCGUAUUUCUGUUAUUGUUUUCUCCAAAGGAUAUACUGAAUCUAGUUGGUGUCUUUCUGAACUUGUAAAAAUUAUGGAAUGCCACAGUAUUCAUAAUCAAGUUGUUGUACCUCUGUUUUAUGAUGUUGACCCAUCAGUUGUCCGUUAUCAGAAUGGUGAUUUUGGAAAAGCUUUAGAAGCAAAUGCUAACAAACAAUACUUGAGAACAGAUCUAUUGUCCAACUGGAGGAAUGCACUGAUUAAAGCUGCAAAUCUAUCCGGCUGGGAUGCCAACAAGUUCAGGAAUGAAUCUGAACUAGUGAAGCAAAUUGUUGAAGAUGUUUUGGCAAAACUAGACAACACAUUCUUGUCUAUUACCGAAUUUCCAGUUGGAUUGGAAUCCCAUGUGCAAAAAGUGACUGACUUUAUUGAUCAAUCUAACAAAGUUUGUAUGGUGGGGAUAUGGGGAAUGGGGGGAUCUGGCAAAACAACCACAGCCAAAGCUAUCUACAAUCGAAUCCAUCGUAACUUCGAGGGUAGAACAAGUUUCAUUGGAAAUAUUCGAGAGAUUUGUGAAAAUGAUAGUAGAGGGAUUAUUCAUAUACAACAACAACUUCUUUCUGAUGUUUUGAAAACAAAUGAGAAGAUACAUAGCAUUGAAUUGGGGAAAACUAAGAUCGAGAAAACACUUCGGGGAAAAAAGGCUUUUAUCGUACUCGAUGAUGUGACCAAGUCUGAGCAAUUAGAAGCCCUGUGUCCAAAUCCUAAGUUGUUUCGUUCAGGAAGUGUAAUGAUUAUUACAACUAGAGAUGCACGCCUUCUCAAUUCACUUGGUGUUAAACACGUCUUCACCAUGACAGAAAUGGACGAAAACCAAUCCCUAGAACUUUUCAGUUGGCAUGCUUUUCGACAACCAAGUCCUAGAGAAGAUUUUAGUGACCUCUCUAGAAAUGUAGUUGCUUAUUGCGGAGGAUUACCUCUGGCACUUGAAGUCCUUGGAUCUUACUUAACUGGGAGGACGGAACAAGAAUGGAGAAGUGCGCUAUUAAAAUUAGAGAAAAUUCCCAACGAUCAAGUGCAACAGAAACUGAGAAUCAGCUACGAUGGUUUAGAAGAUUAUACAUUAAAGGAUAUAUUUCUUGACAUAUGUUGUUUCUUCAUUGGAAAGAACAGAGCUGAUGUUACAGAGAUACUUAAUGAUUGUGGGUUUUAUGCUGAUAUUGGAAUAGCUGUACUCAUAGAGCGGAGCCUCGUAAAAGUUGAAAAGAAGAAUAACAAGCUUCAAAUUCAUGAUUUGCUACGGGACAUUGGAAGAGCAAUUGUUGGAGAAAGUUCACCAAAAGAACCCGAAAAGCAUAGUCGAUUGUGGUUUCCAGAUGAUGUGGUGGAAGUUUUGACAAAAUAUACUGGAACAGAAACUAUAGAAGGAUUGAUUUUGAAGUCACAAAGAAUUGACAAAUUUUGUUUCAGUACUAAUUCUUUCAAAAAGAUGAAGAAACUAAGACUUUUACAACUUGAUUGUGUUGACCUCACUGGGGAUUUUGGGUAUCUUUCCAAACAACUUAGAUGGGUCAAUUGGCAACGAUCUACCUUCAACUAUAUACCUAAUGACUUUGAUUUGGGAAAUCUCAUUGUUUUUGAAUUAAAAUAUAGCAAUGUUGAACAGGUUUGGAAGGAAAACAAGUUGUUGCAGAAGCUAAAAAUUCUCAAUCUUAGUCAUUCUAAGCACUUGAAAAGCACCCCUGAUUUUUCAAAAUUACCGAACCUAGAAAAGCUCAUUAUGAAGGAUUGUCAAAGUUUGUCUGAGGUACACUCGUCUAUUGGAGAUCUCAAGAAUAUUCUUCUGAUAAAUUUGAAGGACUGUACAAGUCUUGGCAAUCUCCCUACAGAGAUAUAUCAAUUGGCAUCAGUGAAAAUUCUGAUCCUUUCUGGUUGUUCAAAUAUUGACAAAUUGGAAGAAGAUAUAGGGAAAAUGAAAUCCUUGACAACUAUAGCUGCAAAAAAUACUGGUGUCAAACAAGUGCCGGUUUCGAUAGUUAGAUCAAAAAGCAUUAGAUAUAUAUCCCUGUGUGGAUAUGAAGGAUUAUCACGUGAUGUUUUUCCUUCUAUCAUUAGAUCUUGGAUGUCACCAACAAUGAAUUCCUUAGCACAUAUUCCUCCGUUUGGUGGCAUGUCAACGUCUCUUGUUUCCUUGAACGUAGAUAGUAGAAGUUUGGGUUUGGUCUAUCAAUCACCAUUACUUGGCAGCGGUUCAAAACUUAGAAGUAUUUCGAUACAAUGUGACUCAGAGAGUCAACUGAAACAAGAAUUCAAAAGAUUUCUUGAUGAUCUAUAUGGUGCAGGUCUUAAUGAAGCGGGAACAUCACAUGCAUCACAAAUUUUGGUUCUUUCCUUGAGAUCUCUUUUGAUUCGAAUUGGAAGUUGUGACAUUGUUAUCGAUAAUCUUGGGAAGAGCUUAUCACAGGGAAUGACAACCAAUUCUAUUGAUUCUUUCCUUCUGGGUGACAAUUAUUGUUCUUGGUUAGCCUAUAAAUGUGAAGGACCUUCGGUACUUUUUCAAGUGCCUGAGGAUAGUGAUCGUUGCAUGAAAGGAAUAACUUUAUGUGUUUUUUAUUCAUCAACACAUGAAAACUUGGCAAAUGAAUGUCUCCCUAGUGUUUUAAUCAUUAAUUACACAAAAUUCACUAUCCAGAUUUACAAGCGAGACAUAGUAAUGUCGUUUAAUGAUGAAGAUUGGCAAAGUGUAUUAUCAAAUUUAGGAGCUGGUGACAAUGUGGAGAUUUUUAUAGCUAUUGGGCACGGGUUUGCUGUUAAGGAGACGACUGUCUAUCUAAUAUAUGAACAGUCAAAUGAUAUGGAAGUGCAACCAUCUGUUGUUAAUAAGCCACCUAUUAGAUAUGUAUAUGUCAGGUGCAGGCGGAAAUUAAAUUAGGCCCAAUUGUACUUAUUAGUAUGUAAAUAAAAUAAGGAUGACUCAUAAUAGACAUCCGGUUGUUAUUUGGUUUGGUUUGGGAGAGACUAGCUCUCUAAUACCUAGAGGAGUGGCUAUUUAUGUUAGUUUCUGUCUUUGUAUUAUAGUUUCUAUAAAUGUAUAGCAGUUUGUAAUUUGGGUAACUGCCCUAUGUAGUAAAUAACUGGCAGGCUAU